CUGGCCGCUCUCGCACAUGUUGAAAACGUAAACAAAAACGAAUAGCACAAUUUUUGAAAAUGACCAGGAAAAAGGCUCCCAAGAAGAAAACAGAGGUUGUCUUCGACAACAAGAAACGCAUAGAGUUCCUCAGUGGCUUCCGGAAAAGAAAGAAUGAGCGACGAUCGCGUGCAAAGGCAGAGCUGGAAAGAAACCUCAAGAACGAACGCAAGCGGAUACGGCAGGAGGUAAAGGAUGGCUUCAACCACCUGAAGAAGUCCUUCGAACCACUGCGCGAACUCACCGAGGAGGACAAGGCCGAGGAGGCAGAGCAGCAGGAGGAGACCUACGAAGAUGACGAAGUGCAAGUGAAGAUCGUGGAGCUGACCACUAACGAUCUGGCCGCCAAGCGCAAUAUGUUGGGUGCCAACACGGCAGAGGAAAGCGAGCCGGAGGAGCAGCCUGACCAGAGCGAGGAGGACGAGGCCGACCAGGCCAAUAGAAUACCCGGCAUGGAUUUCGAUCCCAACGCCCGCAAACGUAAAUCCAAGCCGGUGGACGAAGAGGAGCCGAAGGCCAAGAAGGGCAACAACUCCACGCUGCCAGACAUCAAGAGCAAAAAGGAUCUCGACCGCCUGAUGAAGACCAAAACGCUGAAGAAAAUGCACCAGAGCAAGCUGUUCAAGCAGAAGGAGCGCCUGGACAAGAAGAACAACCAGAAGAAGGCCAAACGGGACCGCAACAACACCAUCAAGAGCGUUCCCAAGCACCAGCGCAAGCAGCUCAAGUACGGAAAGGCCAACCAGACCAAGUACCGAAAGGGUCGGAUGGUCAACAAGAAGGAGCUGCGACGCAAACGGAAUGCCGACUAAGUUUAGCUUUUAGCAUAGUUUGUUUUACGGUUUAUUUACUAUUACUCUAGUUGAUCAAAUAAACUGUAUAAUUCCUGGCUUGUACAAUAAUUUUGCUAA